CUGAAACAGUUCAAAAGUUGUAAAAUUACAAAAUAAAAAUUUUCAUCCGAUUAUUCAAAGUUUUUUUAAAAUGCUUACUAUUUCUUAAAGAAGUAACGACUUUAAGUCUAGAUAAAGCAUCUUAGUAAUUGCAUGAACAGUUGAACUGUAUCAAUUCCAUUAAUUUAUCAACAUAAAGAGUUUUGCUUGGAAAAAAGUUUUUGGAUCGAUGAAUUCGGGAAAAAAGUUUAAUUUCUUUCUAAUUUUAUAAUUAAACAAGAAUCAAAGUUUUGAAAGUGCAAUAUAAUUAUGAGAAUAAUGAUAUCUUGUAAUUAAACAACUGAGAAAUCUUAAUACGACAUUUAUUGUGCACCUUGAACCCUAAGUGGGAUAAAAAUCAUAAACAGAAUUUAAAAUUAAUUAAAACAAACGAAUCAGAAUGACGAAUGAUACCUCAGCUUCGGCAUCAAACUAUACUCCAGCCAACUACAGGAGUGCUGAUGUUUUUGGUGGAAAUUAUCCAAUUCAAACUCCCGCAGGAAUAGUCCACUCAACUCAGUCAACCAUAUCACCACCAUUACCACCUCGACCUAAUUCCAUGUUUCAACAACCUCAGCUUUUCUCCCCUUACGGAAACAAUUUCGGGUAUGGAUCGUCAUUUGGCAAUGGAUUCUAUGGAAUGGGACAAGGAAUGGGAUUUAAUUCUUAUGGGGGUGGUUUUGGAAGCUACCGAGGUGGAUAUGGAUGCAAUCCAUUAGACCCAGAAACAAGAUUCAUACAAAUGGCUGAAGAAAGCUCUCGAGGAGCGUUUCAGAGCAUCGAACAAGUUAAUACAAAUGACUUCUUUGAUUCAAAUGCUCAACAGUCAAGCUCGGGAUUGCCAAUGGUGCUGUUUUUAGCAUUCAUUUUCUCAGCUCCUUAUUUUAUCAUGAAGAUUUUCGGAUCCUUAAUGAACACAGCAACUGAUCAAACGAAAACUCCUGCAACGUGGCAAAACGCUGUUGAUGCGACGGUUUUGUACAACUUCAACGGUGAAAAUCAGUCAGAAUUAAAACUUAGAGCUGGUCAGUUGAUAAAAAUUGCACCAAAGGAAAUCCAACAAAUGAAUCGUUUGUUGUCAACAAAUUGGCUUCUUGCAACACCUGAUGGUAAAAACGUUGGACUGGUUCCAGUUAAUUAUAUUAGGAGGGCUGAUGUUGCUCAGAUACCGAAUGGUGAGGUUGCUGAUGUUACAAUGGAGCCAAUUGUCAUCAAAAAUGAUUCACCAGUCGAAACAACUGAUACAAAGUCGGAAACUACAAAUGACGAAAGCAAUUGCUGAACAUUCCUUUUUUUAAUGUUUGUUGGUUUUUCAUACGAAUUUUGCCUCGGUUUCAAUCUUUUUUGAAAGAAAAAAUCUUACAUUUAUGAUUUAUCUAUAAAAAGUAUGGUGAUGUUUAAAAUGCUUUUCUUAAUAAACAAAUUAUGUGAAGAAAAAGAAGAGAAUGAUUCCAUUUCCUAUG